CAUGCUUUUACUGAUGGUUAUUGCAAUUAAAUGUUUGGUUUCCCCCAAAAUGGAUGCAUGCUCUAAGAACCUAUCUAAACAUUUAUUAAUCUAUUAAAAUGAAGAGAAAAAUGUUUUUGAAUUUCUGGAAGAGUCAGAAUGACGAAGCAAAAAAAGUCAAAGGAAAAAAUGGAAAAGUGAAAGAACUUUUAGAAAAAUUGCAAAAAGGCUGGCGGAGGUAUCCGGAACCGGUUCUGUUCUUGUUUGUUAUUAUGUACAGUAUAUGCAUUGUUCCUACCAGUAAAAUUUAUGUGGAUAAGGUAUGUAGAAUCGAACUUGCAGAAUUUCUUGAAGCAAAAAAUCUUUCAACUGAAGUAUGUCAACUUAUGCAAAGAAAUAAAUCCUAUGAAGAAGUUGAGAAAGAAACACAGAAAAGAGUAUCUGAACUGAAGGUAUAUGAGGGUCUGAUCUCCCAUAUACCAAGUAUAGGGUUCUCUAUGUUUAGAAAAGAGUAUCUGAACUGAAGGUAUAUGAGGGUCUGAUCUCCCAUAUACCAAGUAUAGGGUUCUCUAUGUUUAGAAAAGAGUAUCUGAACUGAAGGUAUAUGAGGGUCUGAUCUCCCAUAUACCAAGUAUAGGGUUCGCUAUGUUUGCUGGUACAUGGGCGGAUAGAAGAGGAAGAAAACUUGUUAUGAUUCUUCCAUUUAUAGGCCAAAUUCUUAGCUUUAUGUGGCUGCUGGCCUGUGUUCACUGGUGGGAUGAGAUUCCUCCAAAGUAUCUUCUCUUUCAAGGUAUAACAGGAUGGACAGGAGGAUACAUGUGUCUCAAUGUUGGUAUAUUCUCCUAUAUUUCCGAUACAAGCACCAUGGAGAACAGAACGUCAAGAAUGUCCAUCCUCACCGGUAUCUUCGGUUUCGGGAGCAUCAUUGGUAUUCAGAUCGGAGGCAACGUCGCCAACUACUCGGCUAUAUUCAUAGCAGCAGCAUCUCUUGGUAUUAUAGGAAUAUGCUACACAGUUUUUGUUCUGGAGGAAAGCUUGGAUAAAUCCCUGCUAACUGAUGGAAAACAAUCUGUGUUAAGUCAAGUGAUUGGUUGCUUCAAAACUACAAUAAAGAAGAGACCAGGCCGGGACAGGAUAAUGUUAUUUAUCAACUUGUUCCAGUUCAUGUGCUUCAUGCUGUGCAUCAACACCAACGAGUUUGAUUACUUGAUGACCAGGCUGAAGUUCUCCUGGACCAGAAAGGAUUAUAGUAAUUUUAUGACAGUGAAAGGCUGUAUUCGAAUUGCUGGCUUAUGGAUAUUCCUCCCCAUUUUAUCAAAAAUAUUCAAGGUGGGAGACGGUCUAAUAGUUUCUAUCUGCUGCUUUGUUACCAGUAUUGGCUAUCUGAUACAGACUAUUUGUUCCACGGACUGGGGAGGAGACUGGCCUCUCUACUUCUCCUUAUUCUUACAACCAAAUGCUUUAGGAUCUGCUGGAAACAGGUCCAGAUUAAGUAAGAUCGCUGGAACUGGAGAAGUAGGUCAAAUAUUUGCUGUUAUAGGGAUUGGUCAGGCUAUUGUAGCACUUGUUUCCCAUAGUUUGUUUGGAGUGAUAUACAACAAGACCCUGUCCAUAUACCCCACUAGUUACCUUAUACCAAUUGUAAUUUUACUUUUUAUUUGCUUCCUUCUUACUUUCCUUGAUCCACAACUUGUCGGAGUCAACUCUGUUGUUCCUCUAGAUCAACUAACAGAGAUCAAAAACAAUGUUAACUCUGAAAAUGAUACCAAAGAACUACAGGAAA